UACACAACACUUAUUGCUGCUGCGCUUUCAUACCUUCAUGGCCUCCGUAUUCUUUCUCUCCCUCGUCCUCUUCCUCUUCCUCUUCCUCUCCCUCUCCUCCGCCACUAGCCAACACUCCCCAGCCCAACAACCCACUCCCAACGACCCCUCCUCUGCCCCGCCUGAGAUCCGCCAGGCCUGCGAGGCCACGCGCUUCCCUGUCGCGUGCGAGAGCUCUUUGACUAUUUCCAAGCACAUGCCCUCCAACCCCACCUCUCUCCAGCUCAUACAGUCGGCCAUCUGGGUCUCCUCCCAGAACCUCCACACCGCCCAGUCCAUGGUCCAGUACAUCUUGGACUCCUCUUCCGGGAGCCAGAAUCGCACCACCGCCGCCAAGAACUGUCUCGAAGUCCUCCACAACUCUGACUACCGGAUCUCUCAGACCACCAAUGAUGCCUUGCCAAAUGGCAGGGUCAAAGACGCCAGGGCCUGGCUGAGCGCUGCGCUGCUCUUCCAGUACGAUUGCUGGUCCGCGCUCAAGUACGCCAACGACACGAGCAUGGUAAACGAGACGAUGUCGUUUCUGGACUCGCUGACGGGGCUCACGAGCAACGCGCUGAGCAUGUUGUUCGCAUAUGACGUUUACGGGAAGGAGAUCGGAUCGUGGGCCCUCCCCAAGACGGAGCGCGACGGGCUCUGGGAGGGAGGCAGCGAGUCCGGGGCGGGUUUCAAGGGCGGGUUUCCAUCGAAUUUAACUACGGACGUGACGGUGUGCAAGGACGCCACUAAUGGGGGCUGCUACAAGACGGUGCAGGAAGCCGUGAACGCGGCCCCAGAUAACGGUGGAGGACGGAGGUUCGUGAUACACAUAAAGGAGGGGGUGUACGAGGAGACGGUUAGAGUUCCACUAGAGAAGAAGAACGUGGUGUUUUUGGGAGACGGGAUAGGCAAAACGGUCAUCACUGGGUCGUUGAAUGUGGGUCUGCUUGGGAUUUCCACCUACAAUACGGCUACAGUUGGCGUUUCCGGUGAUGGAUUCAUGGCCACCGGUCUCACAAUCCAGAACACCGCCGGACCUGGUAGUCACCAAGCAGUUGCCUUCAGAUCGGCCAGUGAUUUAUCUGUGAUCGAGAAGUGCGAAUUCUUAGGCAAUCAAGAUACCCUUUACGCUCAGGCGCUCCGCCAGUUCUACAAAUCAUGCCGCAUCCAAGGCAAUGUCGAUUUCAUUUUUGGAAGCUCCGCCACAAUUUUUCAAGAUUCCGAAAUCCUAAUCUGUCCCCGGCAAAUCGAUCCGAAGAAAGGCGAGAACAAUGCCGUCACUGCACAUGGCAGAACCGACCCGGCCCAAACAACGGGUUUUGUUUUCCAAAAUUGCCUCAUCAAUGGCACCAACAAAUACAUGGCAUUGUAUUAUAAAAACCCCCAAGUGCACAAUAAUUACUUGGGGAGGCCAUGGAAGGAAUACUCGAGAACCGUUUUUGUAAACUGCAACAUGGAAUCUCUUGUUACACCACAAGGCUGGAUGCCCUGGAAAGACGAUAUUGGAUUGAAUACGCUUUAUUACGGGGAAGUUGGAAAUUCUGGACGAGGUUCUAAUUUGUCGGAAAGGGUAACAUGGAGUAGCCGGAUCCCUACAGAGUACAUUUAUGCAUAUUCGGUGCAGAAUUUUAUUCAGGGAAAUGAGUGGAUUCCGUCAUUUUAAUUUAGUAUCUAUAAAUGAGUGGACAUGAGUGGAUAUCAAAAACCAUUCUCUGUAUUUUGCAGAUG